CAAAAAUAAGUCAGUUGUUAAAUGAACAGUUGAAAGACUAAAACAUGGCUGGAAGUAGAUGGCCAGCAGCAAUGGCUCCUGCUGGCAGAGUGGGAAACUCCUCUCGAGCAAAACAAGUUAUUUUUGAACCAACAUUCUCCAAAAUGGAAAAAGAAAACUAUGCACUAACUCAGCGAUUAAAGGAAGCAUUUUAUAAGGUUGAAAAAAGAUAUCCUGGCUUUAGUAAAGACUUUAUGAUUGGCUUACUGCAACGGUUAGGAGUUGACAAUGAAAUGGAUGUGACUGAAACCUGCCUACGAAUUGCAGCUCUACAAGAAUGUGAUAAUUCAAAAACCUCCAGAAAUCCUCGUGUCUCGGAGCUGGAACUUACAGCCAAAACACUGAAAACAAUUCUUAGCAGUAUACCAGAUGAAAUUACCGAUCGAAGAGCAUUUAUUGAAGUUAUCAAGGGCAUAGCAGAUGCUAUAAAGAUGUUACUAGCUGCUGUCGGCGCGUUUUAUGAUACUCUACCACCGGGAACACAAAAGAAGUGUCUUGAAGAUCAGAAAAGAAAAUUCAUUACCUACUGUCGUAAAUUUAGUGAUACGCUCAAGCAAUAUUUCAGGAACAACGAUCAAACUGUAGUCUUCAGCAGUGCAAAUCUAUUGGUUAACCAAACCAACCUAAUCCUAUUUGUAGUUCAUGAUGUCGAUUGAGUAAAGAGAAGAAGAGAGUCAACAUCAUAAAUGUUUUUUUUUUAUGAUUUCGGAUGAUUUUGCCUAUGGGAACACGUGUGUUUCAUAGGAUGUGAUUGACUGUUAUAUGCAAUAUCAUAAUUUGUGCGCGUUUACGAUAUAUAACCAACCACGCGUCGUACACUUCAGCUGAUAUUACUUCUGUUGUUUGUUUGUUGUUUUUUUAUUACAGCAAAUUUGAACUAAUACUGGAGUGUUUUUUGUUUUGUUAGCCAACUUGUUUUUUUCUAAAAUAUGCAACAAAUUGACCUUUUUAUUUUGAAUCUUUUCUUUAUUAUUUUUUUUCGCGUCACGUCCUCUUUGUAAAUCGAUAGUAGAAACUUUCUAUUAAAUAAUAGGAUGUAAACUAUUCGUU